AGAGGCUGAAUGAGGAGCUGCGCGGGGGAAGCGGGACGCCGGGGGAGGAGGCGGCGGCAUGGAAGCAGACGCUGGCGUCGCGCGAGCCCCGGGCGGAGCGGCGCGAUAGAGAGGGCGGCAGCGGCGGCGGCGGCGCGCGCGGAGCCUUGACGGGCCCCUUUCUUUCUUCUCUCUCGGGAAAGCUGGGAAGCAUGAGCGUGCAGACCUGCCGCUGCGGCGGCCGCCCCGGCUCCUCGCCUCCCCCUCUUCGGGCCGCCCCUCGCCGGUGAGAGAAGCGAACGCGAGAAGGGAAGAUGGGGGCCGUCCUGAGGAGCCUCCUGGCCUGCAGUUUCUGCGUGCUCCUGAGAGCGGCCCCUUUGUUGCUUUAUGCAAACAGACGGGACUUGCGAUUGGUUGAUGCUGCAAAUGGCAAAGAGAAUGCUACGAUUGUAGUUGGAGGCUUGGAGGAUGCAGCUGCGGUGGACUUUGUGUUUGGUCAUGGCUUGAUAUACUGGAGUGAUGUCAGCGAAGAAGCCAUUAAACGAACAGAGUUCAACAAAACUGAGAGUGUACAGAAUGUUGUUGUUUCUGGAUUAUUGUCCCCUGAUGGGCUGGCAUGUGAUUGGCUUGGAGAAAAAUUGUACUGGACAGAUUCUGAAACUAAUCGUAUUGAAGUUUCUAAUUUAGAUGGAUCUUUACGAAAAGUUUUAUUUUGGCAAGAGUUGGAUCAACCUAGAGCUAUUGCCUUAGAUCCUUCAAGUGGGUUCAUGUACUGGACAGACUGGGGAGAAGUACCAAAGAUAGAACGUGCUGGAAUGGAUGGUUCAAGUCGCUUCAUUAUAAUAAACACUGAAAUUUACUGGCCAAAUGGACUGACUUUGGAUUAUAAGGAACGGAAGCUUUAUUGGGCAGAUGCAAAACUUAAUUUCAUCCACAGAUCAAAUCUGGAUGGAACAAAUCGAGGGAAGAAAGGUGAAGACUGUGUUCACUUGUCUGCAGUUUCAGAGCAAGUCACCACUGGCUGGACAAAUCGGCAGGCGGUGGUUAAAGGUUCCCUUCCACAUCCUUUUGCCUUGACGUUAUUUGAGGACACACUGUACUGGACUGACUGGAAUACACACUCCAUUUUGGCUUGCAACAAGUACACUGGCGAGGGUCUGCGUGAAAUCCAUUCUAACAUCUUUUCUCCCAUGGAUAUACAUGCCUUCAGCCAGCAGAGGCAGCCAAAUGCUACAAAUCCAUGUGGAAUUGAUAAUGGUGGUUGUUCCCACUUGUGUUUGAUGUCUCCAGUCAAGCCUUUUUAUCAGUGUGCUUGCCCAACUGGGGUUAAACUCCUGGAGAAUGGAAAAACCUGCAAAGAUGGUGCUACUGAAUUACUGCUUUUAGCCCGAAGGACAGAUUUGAGACGAAUUUCUUUGGAUACACCAGAUUUCACAGACAUUGUUCUACAGUUGGAAGACAUCCGUCAUGCCAUUGCCAUAGAUUAUGAUCCUGUGGAAGGCUAUAUCUACUGGACUGAUGAUGAAGUGAGGGCCAUACGCCGCUCAUUCAUAGACGGAUCUGGCAGUCAGUUUGUGGUCACUGCUCAGAUUGCCCAUCCUGAUGGUAUUGCUGUUGAUUGGGUUGCCCGAAAUCUCUAUUGGACAGACACUGGCACUGAUCGGAUAGAAGUGACAAGGCUCAACGGGACCAUGAGGAAGAUCUUGAUUUCAGAGGACUUAGAGGAACCCCGGGCUAUUGUUUUAGAUCCCAUGGUUGGGUACAUGUAUUGGACUGACUGGGGAGAAAUCCCGAAAAUUGAGCGAGCAGCUCUGGAUGGUUCUGAUCGAGUAGUGUUGGUUAACACUUCUCUUGGUUGGCCAAAUGGUUUAGCCUUGGAUUAUGAUGAAGGCAAAAUAUACUGGGGAGAUGCCAAAACAGACAAAAUUGAGGUUAUGAAUACCGAUGGGACUGGGAGACGAGUGCUAGUGGAAGACAAAAUUCCCCACAUAUUUGGGUUUACUUUGUUGGGUGACUAUGUUUACUGGACCGACUGGCAGAGGCGUAGCAUCGAAAGAGUACACAAACGAAGUGCAGAGCGGGAAAUCAUCAUAGACCAGCUCCCUGACCUCAUGGGCCUGAAGGCCACAAAUGUUCAUCAAAUCGUUGGUUCCAACCCCUGCGCUGAGGAGAAUGGGGGAUGUAGCCAUCUCUGCCUCUAUAGACCUCAGGGCCUUCGCUGUGCCUGCCCCAUUGGCUUUGAACUCAUCAGUGACAUGAAGACCUGCAUUGUCCCAGAGGCUUUCCUUUUGUUUUCACGGAGAGCAGAUAUCAGGAGAAUUUCUUUGGAAACUAACAAUAAUAACGUGGCCAUCCCGCUCACUGGUGUCAAAGAAGCUUCUGCUUUGGACUUUGAUGUAACAGACAACCGAAUUUACUGGACUGACAUAUCACUCAAGACCAUCAGCAGAGCCUUUAUGAAUGGCAGUGCACUGGAACAUGUGGUAGAAUUUGGCUUAGAUUAUCCAGAAGGCAUGGCAGUAGACUGGCUUGGGAAGAACUUGUACUGGGCAGACACAGGAACAAAUCGAAUUGAGGUAUCAAAGUUGGACGGGCAGCACCGACAAGUUUUGGUGUGGAAAGACCUAGAUAGUCCCAGAGCUCUUGCAUUGGACCCCGCUGAAGGAUUUAUGUAUUGGACUGAAUGGGGCGGAAAGCCUAAGAUAGACAGAGCUGCCAUGGAUGGAAGUGAACGUACUACAUUAGUUCCAAAUGUGGGGCGAGCAAAUGGCCUAACUAUUGAUUAUGCUAAAAGGAGGCUUUAUUGGACAGACCUGGACACCAACUUAAUAGAAUCUUCAAAUAUGCUUGGACUCAACCGUGAGGUUAUAGCAGAUGACUUGCCUCAUCCGUUUGGCUUAACUCAGUACCAAGAUUACAUCUACUGGACGGACUGGAGCCGACGCAGCAUCGAGCGUGCCAACAAAACCAGUGGCCAAAACCGCACCAUCAUUCAGGGCCAUUUGGAUUAUGUGAUGGACAUCCUCGUGUUUCACUCCUCUCGGCAGGCAGGGUGGAAUGAGUGUGCUUCCAGCAAUGGGCACUGCUCCCACCUCUGCUUGGCAGUGCCAGUUGGAGGUUUUGUUUGUGGAUGCCCUGCCCACUACUCUCUUAAUGCUGACAACAGGACUUGUAGUGCUCCAACUACUUUCCUGCUCUUCAGUCAAAAGAGCGCCAUCAACCGCAUGGUGAUUGAUGAACAGCAGAGCCCUGACAUCAUCCUUCCUAUCCACAGCCUUCGGAAUGUCCGGGCCAUUGACUAUGACCCACUGGACAAGCAACUCUAUUGGAUUGACUCACGACAAAACAUGAUCCGAAAAGCACAGGAAGAUGGCAGCCAGGGCUUUACAGUGGUUGUGAGCUCAGUUCCAAAUCAGAACCUAGAAAUACAGCCCUAUGACCUCAGCAUCGAUAUUUAUAGCCGCUACAUCUAUUGGACUUGCGAGGCCACCAAUGUCAUUAAUGUAACAAGAUUAGAUGGGAGAUCGAUUGGAGUGGUGUUAAAAGGCGAGCAAGACAGACCUCGAGCCAUUGUGGUAAACCCAGAAAAAGGGUAUAUGUAUUUUACCAAUCUGCAGGAAAGGUCUCCCAAAAUUGAACGAGCUGCUUUAGAUGGAACAGAACGGGAGGUCCUCUUUUUCAGUGGCUUAAGUAAACCAAUUGCUUUAGCUCUUGAUAGCAGAUUGGGCAAACUCUUUUGGGCUGAUUCAGAUCUCCGGCGAAUUGAAAGCAGUGAUCUCUCAGGUGCCAACCGGAUAGUAUUAGAAGACUCCAACAUUCUGCAGCCUGUGGGACUAACUGUGUUUGAAAACUGGCUGUAUUGGAUUGAUAAGCAGCAGCAGAUGAUUGAAAAAAUUGACAUGACAGGUCGAGAGGGUAGAACCAAAGUCCAGGCUCGAAUUGCCCAGCUUAGUGACAUUCAUGCAGUAAAGGAGCUGAAUCUUCAGGAAUAUAGACAGCACCCUUGUACUCAGGAUAAUGGUGGCUGUUCACAUAUUUGUCUUGUAAAGGGAGAUGGUACUACAAGGUGCUCCUGCCCCAUGCACUUGGUUCUGCUUCAAGAUGAGCUACUAUGUGGAGAACCCCCGACAUGUUCUCCUCAGCAGUUUACUUGUUUCACGGGAGAAAUUGACUGUAUCCCUGUGGCUUGGCGGUGCGAUGGGUUUACUGAAUGUGAAGAUCACAGUGAUGAGCUCAAUUGUCCUGUGUGCUCAGAGUCCCAGUUCCAGUGUGCCAGUGGGCAGUGUAUUGAUGGUGCCCUGAGAUGCAAUGGAGAUGCCAACUGCCAGGAUAAGUCAGAUGAGAAGAACUGUGAAGUGCUUUGUUUAAUUGAUCAAUUCCGCUGCGCCAACGGUCAGUGCAUUGGAAAACACAAGAAAUGUGAUCAUAAUUUAGAUUGCAGCGACAAAUCAGAUGAACUGGAUUGUUAUCCAACUGAGGAGCCAGCACCACAGGCCACCAAUACAGUUGGUUCAGUUAUUGGAGUAAUUGUUACCAUUUUUGUGUCUGGAACCAUAUACUUCAUUUGCCAGAGGAUGUUGUGUCCACGUAUGAAGGGCGAUGGGGAAACCAUGACUAAUGACUAUGUAGUUCAUGGACCAGCUUCUGUGCCCCUUGGUUAUGUGCCACACCCAAGCUCUUUGUCAGGUUCCCUUCCAGGAAUGUCUCGAGGUAAAUCAAUGAUAAGCUCCCUCAGUAUCAUGGGGGGAAGCAGCGGACCCCCUUAUGACCGAGCUCAUGUCACAGGAGCAUCGUCAAGUAGUUCUUCAAGCACCAAAGGCACUUACUUCCCUGCAAUUUUGAACCCUCCGCCAUCCCCGGCCACAGAGCGAUCACAUUACACUAUGGAAUUUGGUUAUUCUUCAAACAGUCCUUCCACUCAUAGGUCCUACAGCUACAGGCCGCACAGUUACCGGCACUUUGCACCACCCACCACACCCUGCAGCACAGAUGUUUGUGACAGUGACUACGCUCCCAGCCGGAGAAUAAUGACCUCAGUGGCCACAGCCAAGGGCUACACUAGUGACUUGAACUAUGACUCAGAGCCUGUGCCUCCGCCUCCCACGCCCCGAAGCCAGUACUUGUCCGCAGAAGAGAACUAUGAAAGCUGCCCACCUUCUCCAUACACAGAGAGGAGCUACUCUCAUCACCUCUACCCACCGCCGCCCUCUCCCUGUACAGACUCCUCCUGAGGAGGGGCCCUCCUCCUCUGACUGCCUCCCACACGAAAGUGUAAACACGAAAUCGGUUGAGAUCUGGAGGGGGGGAGGGAGCUCUUCGAGAAGGGUGAGGCAGACCAUGUACAGAUAAAAAUUAUAAAUGGGUUAGGGCAUACUGGAGAUAUUUGUACAGAAGGAAAAGAUAUUUAUAUAUUUUCUUAAAACAGCACAUUUGCUGCUUGUGCCAUAAAAAUUUGUAUAAAAAAUAAAUUUGUACUAAAAGUUUUAUUUUUGCAAACUAAAUACACAAAGCAUGCCUUAAACCCAGUGAAGUGACUGAGUACAAAGGAAACAGGAAUAAUAAAGGCAUCACUGACCAGGAAUGUCUGGGCUUUAUUGAUACCAAAAAAAAAAAAACAGAAGAAAAAAAAUUAAA